AUGGCAUCUAAGUCUAUUCUAUUGGUGUUUCUCGUUUUUUCUUGGUGGGUUUUUGUGGGUUCCACUCCACUAGGCCUUGAAGAACAAGGAGGAGGAGGAGGAAACCCUAUUUCGUCAAUGCCAUGCGUGCAAAAAUUGCUUGUAUGCGAACCCUACUUGAAGUCACACACCACUCCACCACCCUCAUGCUGCAUUCCAUUGAAGGAGAUGCUCGCGAACGAAAGCAAGUGCCUCUGCACCGUCUUUAAUGACGCUGCCAUAAUGAAGAGUCUCAAUGUGACCAAGGACGAGGCUUUACAAUUUCCAAAGUAUUGUGGAGCCACUGCAAACUUAGCCCUUUGCAACACCGAUUCUACACCAACAGGUUCACCAGCAACCCCAACUGCUCCUUCUACUUCUUCUUCCAGCAGUGAGUCCUAA